GGCCCCAGCGGGGAAGGGGAAGAGCCCGCGUGGGGGCUCAGGGUGCCGGGAGGCAGGGUCCCUGGGCCCCCGCCGUGGGGCCCGCCUCCCCCCACCCUUCCCGCUUCCCCCCGCCUUUCUCCCGCGUUGGUUCGCGCCGUGUAACGCCAAGCAACAACCUUUGUGCGACCGUCCGGGUGUAGCGGAGUUCGCCGGUGCACGCUGCAGGUGGGUCGCCUGUCCGCGCCCCGCCCAUGCUGCGGUCCCCAGCCAUGGCCCUCGCCAUCCGAGUCGUUUAUUGUGGUGCUUGAGGCUACAAGUCCAAGUAUCUUCAGCUCAAGAAGAAGUUAGAAGAUGAGUUCCCCGGAUGCCUGGACAUCUGCGGCGAGGGGACUCCCCAGGCCACCGGCUUCUUUGAAGUGAUGGUAGGGGGGAAGUUGGUUCACUCCAAGAAGAGAGGCGAUGGUUACGUGGACACAGAGAGCAAGUUUCUGAAGCUGGUGGCCGCCAUCAAAGCUGCUUUGGCUCAGGGCUAAUGGGCCCCGAAGGCAGAGUCCAGUGACCUUGGCCCAGCCCCUCGUGGCCGACGCUUCAUGACGGGAAGGACUGAAAUGUCUGGUGGACGCCUGGUCUUUCCCUGAUGUCCCUGCGGCCGCUGCGUGGGGGCAGAGACUGACGCCUCUGGUCCUUGCCUCUGUGUGUGUGUGUGUGUGUGUGUGUGUGUGUGUGUCUGCAGGCAUGUAACUCUGCACCCUGCCUGCCUUGUUCCCUCCUCUCCCCACUUGCCCCCGAACCCCCCAGCACCCCCCCUGGUUACUCCUGCUCCUGGCUUCCUUCUUGGGGUGGCGGAGAAAGGGAUCUGGAUGAGUGAGUUGUAGAUUUCAGCAGUGUGGGUAACGGUUUACCGUUCAGUAAACAUUGGAUGAGUUUAACAAAA